CUUCGUCAGGUCUCAAACACGACAGCACGACAGCUACUUAACGCCUGCCGAUAUCCAAGGAUCAGGGCCUCGAUUCGUUCCAGAGCAAGCGAGAUUGCAUCAAUAAGCCCUCCAUCCUCAGCCCAACCAAUCCCUUUCUACACUAGUCCACCUCUCACGCCACCACAGCCAUGCCUGACUUCACCGGCCUCGAGCUUACCGGAAAGACGGCCAUUGUCACGGGUGCUUCCCGCGGUCUUGGCUCCGGCAUUGCAGUCCUGCUCGGAAAGCGAGGCGCCAAUGUCGUUGUGAACCAUGUCUCAGCCAGCAGCAAAGAGCGCGCUGAGAAGGUUGCCAAGGAGAUUGAAGCCAACGGCACCAAGGCCAUCGUCGUCCAGGCCGACGUUGGCAAGAGCGAGGAUAUCCCCAAGCUGGUUGACGCUGCGCUGAAGAUCAGCUCCACUGGCAAGAUUGAGAUUCUUAUCCACAACGCUGCCCAAGGCAACGAGGCCAACCUUGUAGACACAACCGAGGACUUUUACACACGCCACUUUGACGCCAACGUCAAGGGUCCUAUCUUCCUUACCAAAGCAUGUGAGCCCCAUCUGCCCAAGGGCGGCCGCAUCGUCUUCAUCUCUUCCGCCGGCGCUCGUCUGGGCGUUGCCGGCCAGACCGUCUACGCUGCCACCAAGGCCGCCGACGAGGCGCUGGUGCGCGUCUGGGCCAAGGAGCUGGGCCAGUCGCACGGAAUUACAGUCAACUGCGUCAACCCUGGACCCAUUGCGACAGACCAGUGGUUCCAGAGUGACGAACAGUUCCUUAAAGAUAUGCAGCCUCUGAUCGACUCUACUCCCGCUGCGGCCCGUGUCGGCGAGGUUGAUGAUAUUGCGCCCCUGGUGGCCUUCCUUUGCAGCGAUGACGCAAAGUGGACGACAGGAUCGGUUCUCUCGGCCAACGGUGGCUUGUAUAACUAAGCGUCUCCGGCAAAAUAGUAAAUUAAAUUCAUUUUGAGUACGGUCG